UUUUCCUCGAAGAUUCCCCCUUUCCCCUCUCCCCUCUCCCUUCCCUCUCCCGUUACUUUUCAUCUCUGUCUCUCUCCCCAACCCUUUAUCCUCGUCUUCUCUGUUGCCCAGUCAAUGGACUAGUAAUUUGCGGAGGUGACCUCCCUUUUGUGUACCCCCUUUCGUGCGGUGUGCCCAAAAAUCUCAUCUUUCUCUUUCUCUUUCUAAUCUUCGAUCACAUCUCUCUCAUUCUUUUCACAACUGCAUUGACCGGACGUCAUUUUCUCCGCUCAUCUCUGGUCGUUCGCAGCCCCCCACCUCGCGAUAAACCGCGUAUCCUAGCCGUAGAUUCUAAGGCAAACCUCGUCCGCUGCACGGGGCUGGGCUUAUGUAUGGAAUGUGAGUUGGGGGAAAUUUCCGACACCGACAGUGCGCGUUCGCUGCUUUCGAGGUUCGGGCGCGAGGGUUGUUUGUAACUACUGUAACCGUCGGGAUCACGCAAAGUUGCCAAAUCCCCACCACCCGACCAGCCUAUAAAGCCCUCCCUCCUCCUCCUCCUCCUCCUCCUCCUCUCUCCGCCAUUGCAUCAUCUCCCAUCUUCCUCUCAGAUCUCUCCCUCUCUCUCUCCCUCUCGCAUUUGGCAUCCUUUCUUUGCAGAGAUCUUUCGGUCCAGUAUUCUUUAGCUGGCUCUCAUGGGAAGUGUUAUUGAUGUUACAAUUGAGGAGGGAAGCUUGACAGAGAAGAAGCCCACAGUUGUUUUUGUUUUAGGUGGACCUGGCAGUGGAAAGGGUACCCAAUGUGAUAAAAUUGUUCAGCACUUUGGCUUCACUCAUAUCAGUACUGGUGACCUUCUCCGAGAUGAAAUUAGAUCUGGUUCUGAAAAUGGGACUAUGAUCCAGAGGAUGAUGAAGGAGGGAAAGAUGGUGCCUCCAGAAUUGACAAUCAAGCUCCUGCAGAAAGCGAUGCAGGAAUGUGGAAACGACAAGUUGCUUAUUGAUGGUUUCCCUCGGAAUGAGGAAAAUCGUGCUGCAUAUGAAGCUGUUAUUAAAAUUGAGCCAAAACUUGUGUUGUUUCUUGAUUGUUCUGAGGAAGAGAUGGAAAGGCGCUUGUUGAAUAGGAAUCAGGGAAGAGAAGAUGACAACAUAGAAACAAUAAGGAAAAGGUUUAAGGUGUUCAAGGAGUCUACCCUCCCAGUUAUUGAGUACUACGAUUCCAAGGGAAAAGUCAGAAAGAUUGAUGCUGGAAAGCCUGCUGACGAGGUCUUUGAGGACAUCAAAUUUUUUUUUACCUCGACCUGUGGAAAUAUAAAGCACUCCUGUUGCGUUAUCUUAUAGGCUUCUUUUGCUGUGAAAAUCACUGAAAGGAGCAAAUCAGUAAUGAUCAAUUGGGCUGUAUCAUCUUCAGGAGGCGAUAUGACUCUAUAUGUUUAUUAAAUGUGGUUGUUGCAUCUGAGUCAUCCCUGUAAUACCUCAUAGAGAACCAGUACUUCUAAAUAGUAUCUAAUGCGAUUAUUUAGCAUAAUGAUGCAGCUCGGAACAACUUUGCAUCUGUA